UGUGUGUGUGUGUGUGUGUGUGUGUGUGUGUGUGUGUGUGUGUGUGUGUGUGUGACGCAGUUACACAUGUCGUCCUAAAGUGUGCUGAACGGUUACAUCAGAUGUACAAAGAUUGUGGAGCACUGUGUCUUACACGGCCCAUUACAUGAGCACAAACUCCCACCGACAGGACGCCAGCGCCUCCAACAAUUACUUCACGAUGGCACAUCCUGUCAAUAGAUAUUUAAAUUUCCUAAAUUAUUAAGGAACCCAGCUGGACAGACCAGGUUCUCCUGAACCCAGCUGUGUGUCCAUGAGGAGUGAUCAGUCCAGAAAUCAUCCUCUGUUCUUCAAAGAGGGACACCACUCGACCAAACUGGGAAUCCAGACAGACAGACCGGAUUCUCCUGAAGCCAGUGAUCGUUCCAGAGAUCGUCCUCCGGACUUCAGAGAUGGACACGACUCUGACAACGCCAAGUCCUUCCAUGAAAGCCCAGAGAAUUUGAGCGACCAGUCUGCCAAAGAGAAUCAUCUGAAUCUGGACUCAGCAUUUAUGCUGCUUGAAGAGAACAUCGUCAGUUUUGUGAAGGGCGAACUGAAGACCUUCCAGAGGCUUUUGACCCCAAACUCCAGCGAGUACAUUUCGAUGGCAAGUGAGGAGCAGAGCAGUAGCUGCACAGACGUGCUGCUGCAGAUCAUGCUGCACUUCCUGAGGAGCAUGAAACUGGAGGAGCUGGCUGACCUCCUGCUGAGCAAACUUCCUGCCACCUGCCAGCAGAACCUUAAAUACAAUGUGAAGAAGAAGUUCCAGUGUGUGUUUGAGGGGAUCGCCAAAGCAGGAAACCAAACCCUUCUGAAGGACAUCUACACAGAACUCUACAUCACGGAGGGAGAGUCCAAACAGGUCAACGAUGAACAUGAGAUCAGACAGAUUGAAACAGCAGCUAAGAAAACAGCUGGACCAGCAGAUACAGACAUCUUCAAGCGUUCUCCUGACAGAGAUCAACCAAUCAGAACAGUUCUGACAAAGGGCGUGGCUGGCAUCGGGAAAACAGUCUUAACACAGAAGUUCACUCUGGACUGGGCUGAAGACAAAACCAACCAGAACAUCAACUUCACAUUUCCAUUCACCUUCAGAGAGCUGAACACACUGAAGGAGAAAAAGUUCAGUCUGGUGGAACUUGUUCAUCAUUUGUUUCCUGAAACCAAAGAAGAAGGAAUCUGCAGCUUUGAACAGUUUCAGCUCGUGUUCAUCUUUGACGGUCUGGAUGAGUGUCGCCUCCCUCUCGACUUCCACAACAAUAGGAUCGUGACUGAUGUUACAGAGUCGACCUCAGUGGACGUGCUCCUCACAAACCUCAAGGGGAACCUGCUUCUCUCUGCUCGCCUCUGGAUAACCACAAGACCGGCAGCAGCCAAUCAGAUCCCUCCUGAGUGUGUUGACAUGGUGACAGAGGUCAGGGGAUUCACUGACCCUCAGAAGGAGAAGUACUUCAGGAAGAGAUUCAGUGAUGAGAAGAAGUCCAACAGGAUUGUCUCCCACAUGAAGGCAUCACGAAGUCUUCACAUCAGGUGUCACAUCCCAGUCUUCUGCUGGAUCACUGCCAUGGUUCUGGAAGAUACCCUGCAUACCAGUGGAGGAGAGCUUCCCAAGACCCUGACUGAGAUAUACGUCCACUUCCUGGUGGUUCAGUCCAAACUGAAGAAGGUCAAGUACGAUGGAAGAUGUGAGAGCGAUCCAGUCUGGGAUCCAGAGAGCAGACAGAUGAUUGUGUCUCUGGGAAAACUGGCUUUUGAGCAGCUGCAGAAAGGGAACCUGAUCUUCUAUGAGUCGGACCUGACAGAGUGCAGCAUCAAUAUCAGAGCAGCCUCAAUGUUCUCAGGCGUGUUCACACAGAUCUCCAAAGAGGAGAGAGGCCUGUACCAGGACACGGUGUUCUGCUUCAUCCAUCUCAGCGUUCAGGAGUUUCUGGCUGCUCUUUAUCUCCAUUUGACCUUCAGCAACUCUGGAGUCAAUCUGCUGUCUGAAAAACAUACAACUCAAACUUCAGUGACGCAUCUCUACCAGAGUGCAGUGGACAAGGCUCUGCAGAGUCCAAAUGGACAUCUGGACUUGUUCCUGCACUUCCUCCUGGGUCUUUCACUGCAGACCAAUCAGAAUCUCCUAUGAGGCCUGUUGGCAAAUACAAGUAGCUCACAAACCAAUCAGGAAACAGUUCAGUACAUCAAGAAGAAGAUUGAGGAGACUCCAUCUCCACAUGGAAGCAUUAAUCUGUUCCACAGCCUGAACAAACUGAAGGAUUCUUCUCUGCAGAAGGAGAUCCAGCAGUACCUUCAAGCAGGAUGUCUGUCCACGGAUCAACUGUCUGCUGCUCAGUGGUCAGCUCUGGUCUUCAUCUUACUGUCAUCAGAAAAAGAUCUGGAGAUCUUUGACCUGAAGAAAUACUCUGCUUCUGAGGAGGCUCUAGUGAGGCUGCUGCCAGUCGUCAAAGCUUCUAAAAAAGCUCUGUUGUGUGGCUGUAACCUGACAGACAGAAGCUGUGAAGUUCUGCAGAAAGUUCUCAGCUCUGAGUCAUCCCGUCUGAGAGAAUUAGAUCUGAGUAACAACGACCUGCAGGACUCAGGAGUGAAGCUGCUCUCUGCUGGACUGGAGAGUCCACACUGCAAACUGGAAACUCUCAGGCUGUCAGGUUGCAUGGUCACAGAUUAAGGCUUUUUCAGUCUGACCUCAGCUGUGAGAUCCAACCCUGAUUAUCUACGAGAGCUGGACCUGAGCCACAACCAUCCAGGAGACAUUGCAGUGAAGUUUCUGUCUGCUGGACUAAAAAAUUCAUGUGGGAAUCUGCACACUUUGAGAGUGGACCACUGUGGAGCCCAGUGCAUGAAACAGGGUCUGAGGAAGUAUGCCUGUGAGCUCGUUCUGGAUCCAAACACGGCGCACCGUUACCUGCUGCUUUGUGACAACAAGAGAAAGGUGGCAGCAGUGAGCCAGUGGCAGUCACGUCCUGAUCACCCAGACAGGUUUGAGUCCUGGCCUCAGCUGCUGUGUCAGGAUGGUCUAACGGGUGGCUGUUACUGGGAGGUGGAGUGGGAGGAGGAGGUUCAUCUGGCAGUGACCUACAAAGGAAUUGGAAGGAGAGCAGACGAAGACAACAGCUGGUUUGUGGACAGCGAUCAGUCGUGGGGUCUGCACUGCCGCCCGUGUGGUUACCGUGCUUGUCACAACAAGAGCAGAACCAUCGUACACCCUCCUUCCUCCUCCUCCUCAUCCAACAGAGUCGGAGUGUAUCUGGACUGGGCUGCUGGUUCUCUCUCCUUCUACUCAGUCUGUGGAGAGCAGCUGACGCACCUCCACACCUUCCACUGCACAUUUACUGAGCCGGUCUACCCUGGUUUUGGGUUCUGGGUUCUUGUGCAUCCAUGUGUGCAGGUGGGUUCAUAUCAGUCUGUCCUUGUAUGCGUAGAGUCCGAAGUGGCCUUGUCGACAGCCGCAGACUGUGGGGGAGGGCAGAUGAAGAGGGAGUCAUGUGCAUCACCAGGGCUGUCGAAGUCUUUCUGGAGGAAAACAAAUAGGAAGAGAAAGUGGUUUAUUGUUGAUGAUGUUGAGCUGCGGGGCGACGCUUGUCUGAACAAAGACACAUCAGCGCCCAGCUGUGUCCGUGACCUCUGGCCCAUUAGUUACAUCAUCACUUUUAAACACAGACAUCGAACUGAAUCAAUGAGUCUCCACAGACCAGAAUUCCAGAACCUUGAACCCAGAUGUGGGUCCAUGAAGAGCGACUGGUCAAUAAGUCGAUACAUUGCAUUUAAUGAUGGACAUCCAUUUGACAAAAGAAGCCUUCACAGAGCAGACUACCCUACCCGUCUAACCAGAUUUGAGGCCAAGCUCAGCGACUGGUCAAUAAGUCACUCCAUGAAGUUGAAGGACCAAUUUUCAUCAAAAAGAAAGAGCCAUCAGACACCAGAUCCAAGCUGUGCAAGUAACAAGUCAAAGCAUACGGCUCUUCUGUUUAAGAAGGAACGCUGCUGUUCUAUAUACGAAGUUGGUCAGGAUCCAUUGGAGGUUCCCAGUGUCCAUCACGUCCUUCAGGACCAAACAGACAUGGACUCCAAAUAUCUGGUGCUUGAGAACAAAGUUGUCACUUUUGUAAAAGAUGAACUGCAGAAACACUGGAGGGUUGUGAUGUCUCCUGAUCCAGAGGACUUAGGAGCUCUGAGUGAGGAGGAGGACGGUGAGGACGAAGAGCUGAGGAGGAGCAGCAGAGACGCCUGUUUGAAGCUCAUUCUGCACUUCAUGAGGAAGACGAAGCUCAACGAGCUCGCUGAUUGUCUGCAGAGCAAAUCUCCCACCAUGUGCCAGCAGAACCUCAAAUGCAGGCUGAAGGAGAAGUUCCAGUGUGUGUUUGAGGGGAUCGCCAAAGCAGGAAACCAAACCCUUCUGAAGGACAUCUACACAGAACUCUACAUCACGGAGGGAGAGUCCAAACAGGUCAACGAUGAACAUGAGAUCAGACAGAUUGAAACAGCAGCUAAGAAAACAGCUGGACCAGAAAGGACAAUCAGAUAUGAAGACAUCUUCAAGCGUUCUCCUGACAGAGAUCAACCAAUCAGAACAGUUCUGACAAAGGGCAUGGCUGGCAUUGGGAAAACAGUCUUAACACAGAAGUUCACUCUGGACUGGGCUGAAGACAAAACCAACCAGAACAUCAACUUCACAUUUCCAUUCACCUUCAGAGAGAUGAACACGCUGAAGGAGAAAAAGUUCAGUUUGGUGGAACUUGUUCAUCAUUUGUUUCCUGAAACCAAAGAAGCAGGAAUCUGCAGCUUUGAACAGUUUCAGCUCGUGUUCAUCUUUGACGGUCUGGAUGAGUGUCGCCUCCCUCUGGACUUCCACAACAACAGGAUCGUGACUGAUAUUACAGAGUCGACCUCAGUGGACGUGCUCCUCACAAACCUCAUCAAGGGGAACCUGCUUCUCUCUGCUCGCCUCUGGAUAACCACAAGACCGGCAGCAGCCAAUCAGAUCCCUCCUGAGUGUGUUGACAUGGUGACAGAGGUCAGGGGGUUCACUGACCCUCAGAAGGAGAAGUACUUCAGGAAGAGAUUCAGUGAUGAGAAGAAGUCCAACAGGAUUGUCUCCCACAUGAAGGCAUCACGAAGUCUUCACAUCAUGUGUCACAUCCCAGUCUUCUGCUGGAUCACUGCCAUGGUUCUGGAAGAUACCCUGCAAACCAGUGGAGGAGAGCUUCCCAAGACCCUGACUGAGAUGUACGUCCACUUCCUGGUGGUUCAGUCCAAACUGAAGAAGGCCAAGUACGAUGGAAGAUGUGAGAGCGAUCCAGUCUGGGAUCCAGAGAGCAGACAGAUGAUUGUGUCUCUGGGAAAACUGGCUUUUGAGCAGCUGCAGAAAGGGAACCUGAUCUUCUAUGAGUCGGACCUGACAGAGUGCGGCAUCAAUAUCAGAGCAGCCUCAAUGUUCUCAGGCGUGUUCACACAGAUCUUCAAAGAGGAGAGAGGCCUGUACCAGGACACGGUGUUCUGCUUCAUCCAUCUCAGCGUUCAGGAGUUUCUGGCUGCUCUUUAUGUCCAUCUGACCUUCAGCAACUCUGGAGUCAAUCUGCUGUCUGAAAAACAUACAACUCAAACUUCAGUGACGCAUCUCUACCAGAGUGCAGUGGACAAGGCUCUGCAGAGUCCAAAUGGACAUCUGGACUUGUUCCUGCGCUUCCUCCUGGGUCUUUCACUGCAGACCAAUCAGAAUCUCCUACGAGGUCUGUUAGCAAAUACAAGUAGCUCACAAACCAAUCAGGAAACAAUCCAGUACAUCAAGAAGAAGAUUGAGGAGACUCCAUCUCCAGAUGGAAGCAUCAAUCUGUUCCACAGCCUGAACGAACUGAAGGAUUCUUCUCUGGAGGAGGAGAUCCAGCAGUACCUUAAAGCAGGAUGUCUGUCCAUGGAUCAACUGUCUGCUGCUCAGUGGUCAGCUCUGGUCUUCAUCUUACUGUCAUCAGAAAAAGAUCUGGAGAUCUUUGACCUGAAGAAAUACUCUGCUUCCGAGGAGGCUCUAGUGAGGCUGCUGCCAGUCGUCAAAGCUUCUAAAAAAGCUCUGUUGUGUGGCUGUAACCUGAGAGAGAGAAGCUGUGAAGUUCUGCAGUCAGUUCUCAGCUCUGAGUCGUCCCGUCUGAGAGAACUGGAUCUGAGUAACAACGACCUGCAGGACUCAGGAGUGAAGCUGCUCUCUGCUGGACUGGAGAGUCCACAUUGCAAACUGGAAACUCUCAGGCUGUCAGGUUGUCUGAUCACAGAUGAAGGCUGUUCUUCUCUGGCCUCAGCGCUGACCUCGAACCCGUCUCACCUGAGAGAACUGGACCUGAGCUACAACCAUCCAGGAGACUCAGUGAAGCUGCUGUCUGCUGGACUGGAGGAUCCAGACUGGACUCUGGAAACACUCAGGUUGGACCCAGGUGGACAUCAGUGGUUAAUUCCAGGCCUGAGAAAGUAUUCCUGGGAAGUCAGACUGGACCCAAACACGGCACACAGAACCCUCAAACUGUCUGACGAUAACAGAAAGGUGACGGUGGUGAAGGAGGAGCAGCCGUAUCCCGACCACCCGGACAGGUUCCGCUGCUGGCCUCAGGUCCUGUGUAGACCAGGACGGACCGGCUGCUGUUACAUGGAGGUGGAGUGGGAGGGAAGAGUGAUCGUAGCCGUCACCUCCACGGGCAUUACAAGGAAAGGUAACAACAUUGACGGCUGUUUUGGGUGUAACGAGGUGUCGUGGAGUCUGAUAUGUGUUGACGGUCGGUACUCUUCUGGUCACAACAACAAGAGAGCCCUGAUCCCGCUCCCCCCGUCUGUGUCUGCGUGUAACAGAGUGUCUGUGUUUGUGGACUGUCCUGCAGGGACUGUGUCCUUCUACAGCGUCUGCUCAAAGUCCCUGGUCCACCUCCACACCUUCUACUGCUCUCUAGCACAACCUCUCCACCCUGGAUUUGCCAUUGGUUUUGGCUUGUGGUCUGGAUCAGUGUCUUUGUGCUGACUUUUGGGGUGUAGUGGUGAUUGCAAUGUGAAUUCUACAUUCUGAUCUGGCUACUAGUCUGUAGAGGAUCACACAGUUAACGGCUCGAUUCUACACCAGGGAGGGGUAUCAGGGAGGGUCAAAGGGUCUGGGAAAGACAGGGGAUCUGGGUGGACCAAAAGGUGUUGAAGAGGUAUACGGUCUAUGGGUAUAGACGUCAUGAACACCAUUAAUGUCUGGGCUGAUGAAAAGCUGGCGUAACCUGUUGACCCUAGGCAGGAUUCCAGUUGGGGGUCUGAUUAGACAACAAAAGGGGGGUAAUAUUUAUUAAAAGGUGAAGGUUCUGGGAUCGCCAGAGGAACUUGGGGAGGUCAGAGGGACUGGGUCGGCUUGGAUGUGGGCUUGGGCUGAUCACACGCUGGGGCUCUGAGCAGGUGCUUCCUUAAGCAGGACUGAGGGGACUGAGGGGACUCAAUGAUGCUGGACAGCUGAGAAUCAUUGAUACGGGGCAGCUGACUGCAAGGAGCAGGUUACAGUAGUAUUUUGACCAAAAAAAAACAUUUUUUUUAAAAUAAAAUUUCAGUUCUAUGUGGUGUUAUUUACCACAAUCAAUGGAUUUGCUUGGAGACAAAAUAUUUGCUGGAGUGAUUUAUAACACUGGAGAACUUUGACCUGUGAAUUUUCAAUGAUGCCUAAGUAUGACUAAAUUUCCAGCUGUGUCUGACACACACACACAUAUGCGUCUAUUGUGGCCCCACCUAGCUGGUGGCAUAGUGACCACCUGUCUUUUGUCAGUGUGAAACACCCACUGAUUGAAAAUGAGUGGCAGCUCAUCAUUUUUUCUCUGUCCCUUGUAGCUAAUGUGGCCAAGGGGUGAUGAGUGUCCCAGCCAUGUUCAACAGUAUUGUAAACAAUGCCGUCAGAGAGCCCUCUGCUGGACAAAGUACAUAAUGGCAUCAUUUCCAACAGCCAAAGUGGAGGGCGCAGAUAUUGAUGGCUAAUUUAUGUGUUGGUCUGGCUUUAAUUCAAAGGAUUAUAGCAACCCUUGGGUUGCUGCACAAAAAUGUUUUUAUGAUAUCAAAUAUUUAAAAAAAAAUACUCUAGGUUUGUCUAUUUAAAAAAAAAAUAAGAAUGUGCCUUUGGAAUUUAUAGUGAAAUCCCUACACUAUGAUAAAAAAUAAACAGGAAACUCAAACCCAACAUAAUGGAAUUCAUAAGGAGCUAUUUCAUAGAUAGAUGUGGUCAUCUUUAUAGAUCAAAAGAUAGAUACUGUAUGUGUGUGUUACAUAAUAUACUAAAUUCAUAAAGUGUCAGCAAAUAUCUUGUUCCAACUACAGAUAAAUGCUAUAUCCAGUCAACAAUAAAAUGAGAGAUUAUGCAGAUAUCUACUUUUGGUAACUUACUUUCAGGUAGUGAGUGAGCUAGCUAGCUUGCUAGCAAACCUAGGCCAGUUACUACAGUGUUCUCCAAAGCAGUUAGCAUUGCUAGCUAGCAUGUAGCUAUGCUGAAACAAGCUUGUUGUUUUUGCAAAUAGUGUGUGUUUAGUAUUAUGUGCUCAAUAGGAAGUAUUAAGCUGCUAUAAAAUUGGUGACUUUUAAAAAAGUGUAACCUUGGAGCUAUGAAAUCUUCAUACAGGUUGAUCAGUGCUAAUGAUAUAACUGCUGGAUGUUUGGGUAAAUCCGGAACAGGUGAAACUCUGUUAUGAAGGAAGAAUGACAAAUGAAACUUCAUCCCGCGACCCUUAAUUGGACUAAGCGGAUGAAGAUGAGUGAGUGAGUGAAACUUCAUGAUCCUGGAAGAAUGAAUCUCAGUAAUAAAGGACAAGUGAAACUCUGUGAUACAAGACAAGUGAAACUCCAUUGGUACAGGAAGAAUGAAACUGUAAUACAGAACAAAUGAAACUUUGUGAUCCUGGAAGAAUGAAACUGUAAUACAAGACAAAUGAAACGCCAUGAUACAGGGUGAAUGAGACUUUGUUAUAUGGAACAAAUGAUAUGCUGUGAUGUGAAACAGAUCAAACUUUGUGAUACCGGUCAGAUGAAAGUCCAUGAUACCGGUGGAUGAGAAUCAGUCACACUGGAUGGCUGAGAUUCUGUAUUUAGCUCAUUCUAUUUAAACUUAUUUAACUGAUGGACUAUUGUUAUGUUCAAACAAGAACACUUAAUUUGCCGUUUUCAAAGUUUUAUAUGCUGUUAAAUUUGUUCUGGUAUGAACUUAUGAAUGUGCAGCAUCUUAUUACCUGACAAUAAAUAUUUUUCUUAA